UCCCCGCUGCCUGCCUCGCUCCAAGCGCCGGGUAAACAGGGAAGCAGCAGCUCGGCGGCGCCUGCCAACGCCCCCUCCCUUUCCGAGCCCGGACCGAGCCACCGCGGCGACUCUCUUGAAGGAUGAGGCUUCCGUGUCUGCUCCUCGGCUGCCUCUUCGUUGUCCCCACGCUUCUCGCGGAGGCCAGGACAUUUUUAUCUCAGCAUCAUGCUUCAGAGUUUCUGGUCAGAAAACGUCGGGCAAAUUCCUUUAUGGAAGAAAGUAAGAAGGGAAACUUGGAGCGGGAGUGCAUUGAAGAAUUGUGCAAUAAGGAAGAAGCCAGAGAAGUCUUUGAAAAUAAUCCUGAAACCGAAUACUUCUAUCCCAGAUAUUUAGACUGCCUGGCCUCUCAUCGAGCAGGACUUUUCAGGACAAUUCCAGUGACUUCGGAUGUUCCAGUGGACCUAAGGUCUUGUGUGAAGGCAAUUUCAGACCAAUGUAUUCCUCUGCCAUGCAAUGAAGAUGGUUAUAAAGAAUGCAGAGAUGGCCAAGCCAUGUAUACCUGCGUCUGUAAGCCCGGAUGGCAUGGACAAAAGUGUGAAGAAGAUAUAAAUGAAUGUGAUGAUCUAGUAAACAGAAAUGGAGGGUGCAGUCAAAUUUGUAUUAAUUUUCCUGGAAGCUAUCGCUGUUCCUGUGAAGACGGUUACUUUAUGCUUCCGAAUAAACUGAACUGCAGGGACAGGAAUGAAUGUAUGUUAAAUCAGAACAUUUGUGGGACAGCACAAUGCAAGAAUACUCCUGGGAAGUAUGAAUGUGAAUGUGCAGAAGGCUAUGCCUAUAAUUCAACUACAAAGAAAUGUGAAGAUGUGGAUGAAUGUACUGAAAAUGUUUGUUCUCAAAUGUGUAUCAAUUCUCCAGGAAGCUAUAUGUGCUAUUGUGAUGGCAAGAAAGGCUUUAAGCUUGCUAAGGACAUGAAAACUUGUGAGCCUGUACAAGAUUGUCUCAUCCUGAAUCUUGAAACAAAUUAUGAAUUGCUUUAUCUGGCCGAGAAAUUUAUAGGGAUUCCUGUUUUGUAUUUAAGGUUUAGACUACCAGAAGUUACAAGAUUUUCAGCUGAAUUUGAUUUUCGGACCUAUGAUAAUGAAGGCGUUAUAUUGUAUGCUGAAUCUCCAGACUACACAGCAUGGAUUUUGCUUGCACUUCGUGAUGGGAAGAUUGAAAUUCAGUUCAAGAAUGAAGUAGUAACCAAAGUAACAACUGGUGGCAAAGCCAUUAAUGACGGCUCAUGGCACAUAAUCUCAGUGGAGGAGCUAGAGCACAGCAUCACUGUCAAAAUAGCCAAAGAAGCAGUGAUGAAUAUUAACAGUCCAAGAAACCUUUUUAAGCCUUCCAAUGGCUUUCUGGAGACAAAGGUGUACAUUGCAGGUCUGCCUCGCAAAGUGGACAACACUCUCAUCAAAGCGAUUAAUCCCCGCCUAGAUGGAUGCAUUCGUGCCUGGAACUUAAUGAAUCAAGGGAAUUCUGGUGUGAAAGAAAUCAUUCAAGAAAAACAAAGUAAACACUGCUUGGUAACUGUUGAAAAGGGGUCUUAUUACCCUGGUACUGGAGUGGCAAAGUUUCAAGUUAGCUACAAUAACAGCCUCAGUGAUACAGAAGAUUGGUUAAUAAAUGUCACCCUGACCAUCCGUCCAUCCACAAGCACUGGCGUGAUGCUUGCAUUGGUUUCUGGGGAGACGGUGCCUCUUGCUUUAUCAAUAGUGGAAUCCAACUCAUCGAACUCCCAGGAACUCAUUGUGUCUAUUGAGAAUGUCAUUGUUGCUCGUUUGGAGUCAAAGAGGUUGUGUACCAGGAGAAGAGUGUUGGUGGGACUCAGAGUGAGCAGGGAGCUGUUUGAACUUACAGCUGAUUCGCAUUCAGAUGUCACCUACUUAGAUCAACAGUUUCCUGUCCUGGACAAAGCAAUGAGGAGACCCAUUGACACCUACCUAGGUGGCAUUCCUGAUGUUCCAAUCGAUGCAACCCCAGUGACACUUUUUUAUAAUGGUUGCAUGGAGGUGAAGAUCAAUGACAAGUAUCUGGAUCUAGAUGAAGCCAUCUUCAAAAAGGAUGACAUUAGAUCACAUUCAUGCCCAUUGAUUAUGAAUGAAAUGCAGAAUUCUGAAGCUGAUGAUACCUUAUAAGAGAAGGCAGAUAAUUUUGUACAAAAUGUAUAAAGGUAGAAUAUGAACUGGAAAGAUUCUCCUUUUUAAUGGUGUAUUUUGAGAACAAAUAAAUUGCAUCCUUUUCCAGUAUAAAGGGACAGCACCAAGAUUAAUAUCCCAUCAAAAUAAUCUGCAUCAUAACAUUUUAGUGCAAUAGUCUACCUGUCAACAUGUAUACAGUUCAUAUUUUGUAUUUUACUUAGCCUGUAAAAUAAAAACAGAGAACACCAGCCUGGUUUCAAUAUGAUAUCUUGAUUCUGGCAUGUUGUAGUGUGGUGGUUGUAAAUUGGCACUGAAUAGACUGAAUCAAAAUAUUUUAAUUUAACUUCUAAAAAUUAACUUUACAUCUAGAUGCCAAAAUAUUCUGUAUUUGUAGAAAAGAGCCUACAAGCCCAUAUGGGGUGAAUGUGCCAACACUUAAUCUAGCAGCCUGUCACAGCAAUGAUGGGGAUACAUCACGAGGGUCACAAACAAAUAAUGGGAACACAAACAUGGAGAUUAAAGUACCAGUGGGAUAGAAAACAUUAUAUAUAUUUAUAUUUUUAAAAAAUUGAAUGGGUCCAAACUCUUUCCUAAAGUAGAGAUAUUGAUAGCGGGAGCCAAGACCAACAGUCUAUCAAAUAUUUACAGUAAAAAAAGUAAGCUGAUAUUCUGUUUAAUUCUGCUGUACCUCCUGAGCCAAAAGAUUCUGUUGUGUUGUGUGUUUCCAAUGAUACACAUACAGCAAAAUGUGAUGAAAGAGAUGUAUAUCAGAAAGAAUGAACUCCUAGAUUCUCAUUCAGGCUUGUUCUGCUCUCCAGAUGAGAGGUGCCGAUACUGCACGGUGCCAAUACUGCACUUCUAGUAAGAAUGACCUGCACCUGAGUUAGUAUAGCAUGUCAUCAGAAAGCUGCAUCAUGUUGCCCUGUGAAAGGCUAUUAAUGUUUCCUUGCAGCAUAAAAUUCUAUGCUCAUUUCUAUGUGGUAAACUUAGAUAUUUCUUGAAACCAGCACACUGUAGCCAGAUGAUAAUGAGCUAUAGUUAAAGGACAGCAUAAAAACUGUAAGAUUACUGUUAGUGUUUAAUGAACUGUGAACAUCAAUGAGAUUUAUCUUAAGCACAUUCACAUAGCUCCAUUGAAAUCAAUAAGAUUUUCAAGUAAAUGAAUUUAUGAUUGUGGUAUUGGUGUAUCAGAAUUUAAUGAUCUGGCACCUUAAUCCCAAGGCUCCAGUUACCUGAAAGAUGUCCAGAACAGAACUUUCUGGACUGAAACUAUGCUUAGGACUUCAGCCUUAAUUAGCAGUGCAAAUUUUAUUUCGGUGCAUACUUAGACAUCAGCCUCAGUUUUAGGUUGAAGUCCUAAGAACACUUUCCUGGGAGUUAGCCCUGUGAAUAAAAUGGGACAUACUUCUGAGUAGACCUGUUUAGGACUGCUGCCUUAGUGGAAAGUGAUCACAUUUAAUACAUGAUCAAAACAUACAAGGUGCUGGGAAAUAAAUGAUUGGAUCUUCCCAGUGGCUUUUAGCCAAAACUACAGAUGCAUAGGACUGUGCCAGGAUGGAAACCAUAACUGAAUCUUUUCACUACCUACAUGGUUUCACAAACUGAAACAAGGUUCUUCACAUUUCUGUAGCCCUUUAAAAAAAAAAAGAUGGGCACCCCCUUUUUAUUAAAUGGCCAGCAACAAUUUUGUCAAUAUUGUCAACAAAUUUGUCAACAAUAUUAGAAGACUGAUUAAGAGUGUGUGGGGGUCCAGUUCAAGCUACAGCCCUUUUGUGGCUAUAAUUUUCCUUCAAAAGACUGGCGGAGAGCCAUGAUUUAUCUCAGGUCUAAUUUAACCUCAGAGGUAAGUCUCUCACCAUAAAAAUCAUGAUCCUAAAAUGUAUAGCAUUAACUCCCAGUACCUUUUGAAAUUUGGUCCCCCAUCCUUAUACAAAUAGUAACCUUGCAUGUACAGACACUCAUUUUUCUGUGUAGCCAAAUUGUGCCAAACUUUUUUUUUUUUUAAGUUAGAAAUGAUUUGGCAGGUGAACACUGUGAUCUCCUGGGAGAAAGCUAAACAGGAAAAGAUGAUUGGAAAUGUAGAUCACUGGUAUGCACCUGUUCAGAUCUGGAUUGUUGCUGAAGUUUCUAGAUAUGGAUGCAGUGAGAGUACAUAUUGCAGAUCUGUGCCAGGAGCAAAGGCUAAAUGCUGCUCUUUUUUUGUUUUGCUUUUCCAAAGCCAAGGAGGAUAAAGAAUUGUUAUAUAUAAAAAGUGCAUUAAAACGUUUCCCAUAUUUUCACUUGAUUUCUGUUUUGUUUCCUGUCUUGAUAUUGUAAUGCACUCUAACAAAAAAAAAAUAAAGGAGAAUCUACAAGUA